AUGGCUUACAUGUCUAACACAACUGGUAUCCCUGCACCUUUAGUAGAAGGACACUCUAUCACUAGACCACCUUUCUUUAAUGGUUCUAAUUAUUCUUUCUGGAAAGUUAAGAUAAGAAACUUUAUUCAAUCUAUUGAUAUUGAAGCUUGGCAAAGAAUUGUUAAAGGUCCUGAAGUUCCAUUAGAAUUGCAUGCUGAUGGUUAUAGAGAAAAACUAGAAGAUGAAUAUAAUGAACUUGAUUGGAAGAAAGUUUCUUCAAAUGCUAAAGCUUUAAACAUUCUUCAUUGUGCACUUGAUGCAACUGAGUAUAAUCGUAUUUCAAGUUGUACAUCUGCAAAAGAAGUGUGGGAUAAACUUGAAGUCACAUAUGAAGGGACUAAUCAAGUGAAGGAAUCAAAAGCCAAUAGGCUUAUUCGGGAAUAUGAACUAUUUGAGAUGAAACCUGGAGAAACCAUUUCAGAAAUGAGCACAAGAUUUACUGAUCUGGUGAAUGUUCUCAAAGCUCUUGAAAAAGAAUUCACUGAAGAAGAGUUAGUCAAGAAAGUCUUGAGGUCACUACCUAAAUCAUGGGAAACAAAAGUGACAAUGAUCUUUGACACCAAAGGCUUCUCCAAAUUCACUUAUGAUGAGCUGAUUGGUUCUCUUAUUACUCAUGAAAUGCUUUAUGACAAGAGCAAGAGCAAUGUAGAUGAUGAAAAGAAAAAGAGAGGAAUUGCCUUGAAGUCAAGCCAAGAGGAUGAAUUAAGGAAAACUAUAGCUUUUAAGGCUGCCUUAAGUGACAGCUCCAAUAGUUCAAGUGAUGAAGAUGAUCUUGCCAUGAUUACAAGAAGAUUCAAGAAAGCAUUCAAAAAGGGAGGUUUGAAAUAUAAGAAAUUCCUAAAGAAGUAUUCUCCCAAAGGUGAAACAAGCAAGGACCAAAGUGAGAUUAAAUAUUUUGAAUGCAACAAACUUGGCCGUAUCAAGCCAAUUUGUCCUAAACUAAAAAAGAAGAAUUCAAAGGACAAGAGCAAGAAAGCUUUGAUUGCUAGCUAG